CCGCCGCUUUCAACACUCCCCCUUGAUAUCCUCAUCCUACCCAUUCCGGCCUUAGGAACUCACUUAACACCGCAACUUCACAAUUUUCGACGACGACGCACAUCUUCGUCCCUACAACUAUUAUCAGCAAAUUAAACCUUCACAAACCCUCAGAAAAUAAUUAUCACCAUGGCGCCCCAGAAGCCUCGAUGCACCUUCAAGGAGUGCAGAUCCGCCGCCCAACGAAUCGUUGGCGACUGCGGUUUCUGCGACGGCCACUUCUGCGCCAAGCACCGGUUAUUAGAGGAUCACAAGUGCAGCGGAUUAGAAGACGUAAGCAUGAAUCCAACUUCUUCCUCGUGUAGCGAUACCGACGAUUCCGCCACGGAAUGGUGGCUCGUCGGACUCGCCGAGUAUCUUGCCGAGUCUGGUCUCGAUAAGGAGAGUUGUGGUUCGUCUGUGCUAACAUCAAUCCCCAAUCGCAGUGCAAGAAGGAAUCGCACGAGCGUAACGCGGCCCAGCUCGAGUCGGAACGAACGCAAGUCAUCCGGGGUGUAUAAGAGAAGGUCUGCUCGAUCGUCGCUCUCGACGGUCCAUCGCCGUUGCACCCGACCCGGACGUUUGCCUCCGCGAUUCGAUCAUCCGACUUCUAAAUCCGAUUCCUCCACCACAUCCACCACCAACAUAAACACCCCUUGAUUACCUACACGAUAGAUAGAGUGGCGGCCAACAAGCCGGUUUGGUCCCGCAUCUCUAUUUGCUCCUCUUCUACGAAGCAUGGCGUCCGGGCAUAUUGGCUUCGGGUACGUUUGUUAUUCAUUUACACGGCCUGCGACGGCGCAGGCGGAAUCAGUCGGGAGCAUCCCUGAACUAUUUAUCUUUGACAUCGUGGUCGGGAGUUGGCUUCUCUACGAGAUCUGAGGCCUGCCAAUAUAGGGUGGGCCGACACUUUUCAGAUUUCUGCAGCAUUGUACAUACAUGAAUACUUGCUUAGCAAUUACGAGGCCUCCUCUCAAGAGGAAGCCUCUACGAAGACAAUUUGAUUUUUAUACACAUUAUAU